AGAAAUUUUAAAAUAUGGCGGCGUAAACGCCUGUCAUUGUAAGUUAAUAAUCCAGCAAUUUAAUAAAAUAGUUUCUUAUUCUCGAAAUGGAUCGCACAAUUAUUGCGCCAUGGAAGGCAGAGGAGAAGGAGCUGAGCGAGAAACUGCACAAAAAACUUCAGGGCCUGAACCUGCUUCAUCCAAUGAGCGAAGAAAUGAAUAAAUGCGUGGCCUGGGAUAUGUUUAUAAAACCCAAUCAGACUGCUUUUUUUCAAGUGAUGCCCUACUUGUUCCGAUUGCUAGACCCGGCCGAGUUCAGGCGUCGUUUCUACUGGCCCAUCACCGACAAGAAGGCUGAGGCCAGCUUCCGGUCUUCCACCGUUGACUAUCUGAAGCAUUUAAACGAAAAGCACAAUUUGCAAUGGGCCAAUAUCAAAUCCUAUUUAGUUGUUAUGCCGGGUGGCAUGAAGUUCAUCACAUUUAUGCUGGAUCUGGUUGGCUUUGUGGUACAGGAACUGAUCAAGCAGCGCGAAAAAACGCUGGGCUCAGAUGCAAACGCAUUCAGUUUUAGUGACUUGAGUGUGAAGACCAUGGCAGGGCAGUCCGUAUUCUUGAAAGAAUAUGCUUCGGCGUAUGUUGAGGAAUUAGAGAAAAAUACGGCUAUGUUGCAAGAACGCAUACAAAGGAUCAGACAGAUAUUUUCUGAAAUUUCGAUAGAGAUUGGUAUAGACAAAGUGCAAUUGCUGGACGACUGCUUUAUAGAAUGCUUCGAGAGAAGCAAUCGUCAGCUUUGUGAUCGAAAGAUCACAAAUCCCACUACACAUAUUGCGAAGCAGGAAGAGCCGCUCUGCACCCUAAAAAAAGACAUCGAGUUGUUUCUGGUCAGACAAACGGAGCAUAAGCACAGCCAGGAUGCGGUUGACAAAGUAUUAUGCGGCAUGCGCAAAAUGUUCGGCACCAGCCAAGCAACAGAUGGUGGCUGUUCAAAAAUGAAUGCUUUGUUAAAUGCCUUUAAUAAUGUAAGCGGUACAAUAGCCGAGCAAUUGGACGCUAACAAUCACUACAACGAUUCCAAUGAAUAUGUUACCAACGAACUGCAGACUCUUCACAAAGAAUUGAUACAAAUUGAAACGCAACUCACAGAUGUGCAACGUGGGAUAAAUGCACGCGUGAAGGAGCAUAGCAGUAGUUCCAGCAGUGGCAUCACACUAAAUGCACCCCAGAUGCCGGGAACGCCGAUGAAAAAUGUCAAUAACCUAGCUACUGGCGUUGCUGAGCAUUCGCUAAUGAUGAAAUUCAUAUCAACGCCACCCAUCAAACUAGAUUUUCCCAACAAUGCACGCAACUCACACUUGCGAUUACCUCUGCAGGAUGAUUUCAAUGCUAAGCCUUUCGAUGCUCUAGGCAGCAGUAUGUUAGUGCCCGCACCUCCUCGCUCUGCACGCAAACUCAAGGCCCAUGAACAGUCUGCCGAAUUGAACAGUACGCUAAAUCGUUCCAAAAUCGUUGAUCCACUGCAAUUGCUGCGCACCAUAAACAAGAACACAGCUAGAGCAAGGCCAGUGUCACAGCACAAUCUUUCGGCACUCGGCAACAAAUGGAAACAGUUGCAGUCGUCAUUUGGUUUCGACGCUGUCGAAGCUCCCACGUCUCCCCAGCGCAGCUCCGCGGGUACCUAUUCGCCAUUCACACCACUCGGCUCCAUGGAUCGCACGCGCAUUGAACGAUUGCCUGGAACAUCAGACAAUAAUAACUAUUCGAGCAACUCAUUGCUGUAUGCUAAGAAGAAUGCGCCGGUAAUGAAAGUAUUGGACUCCUCGCUCAACGUGCAAAAUCUUAGCACCUCGCCAUCUGGUCGCUUAGAACCGUUAGUUCCAUUGCCGUUGGCCACCAUUGAGCAACUGCAACAGGAAGAGAAUAAAGCUCUGCCGCACAUUUUACUCAAUGACAAAAGCCUUAAUACGAGUGAUGAUAUUAGCAACCGGAAAGAGAAUGAUGUGAACGCUCCUAAUGUGUCGCCACCCAAAUUUUCCCUCGAUCUGAGUGGCUAUCAAGAAGACGAUGAUCUGCAAAAUAUAAGCGACAGUGUGCUCAAUGACAUAUCCAUAUAGCCAUAUCUGGCUGCAAUCAAAAACACACCUCCAACUCUUACAUAUUUAGAUCAGUAUUUAUUCGUAAAAAAAAAAUAAAAACCAAUAUGUAAAAUCAGUA